UAUAUCAAACUUUUGAUGGUUCUACUUCUAGGUAGGUCAGUUCAGGGGAGUUUAUGGAGUUCAACAAAGAAAAUUCGGUGCCCAACUUCUUCGGGUUUUAUAGUGCAAGGUCGAGGACAAUUCCCGCCAGAUCUUCUCUCUCAUUAACCGUUAUCAAUACUUGAAUUUCUAGUUUCAAAUGAGAUGAGAACAUGGAUCCUUCAGCGGGGCGUCUCAUCGUUUUCGUUUUCGCAUCUGAGAAUCCCCGCUGCUUCUCAAUUCAACGAUCUCCUUCAACGUUGCAGCGACUCAGUCGCAUUAAAACAAGGGAGGCAGGUUCAUCAGCAGAUCAUCCUCCAUGAGUUGGCUUUCGAUCCAUUCACGGUUACCAAGUUGGUCCAGAUGUAUGCGGCCUGCAACGAUUUGAUAUCUGCUCGUAUCUUGUUCGAUGAAUUGCCCAGACCCAAUGUGUUUGCUUGGACCUCAAUUAUUUCCUUCUAUUCAAGGAAUGGGAUGUUCAAGGAGUGUGUACGAACAUACAAUGAGAUGAAAUUACAGGGUAUCGGACCUGAUGGGUAUGUCUUUCCCAAGGUGCUUAGGGCUUGCACUCAAUCCUUGUCCUUGGCAGAGGGGAUUCGAAUACACAAAGAUAUAAUUGAACUUGGUGCUGAACAUAAUCUUCAGGUCUGUAAUUCCUUGAUUGAUAUGUAUUCCAAAUGUGGGGAUGUUCAAACAGCUCAACGGAUUUUCAAUGGAAUGGCUGAAAAAGAUCUGCUAACGUGGAAUUCAAUGAUUUCUGGGUUUGUCUGUAAUGACUUUCUUGAUAUUGCUAUAGAACAGCUAGAUGCAAUGAGAUCAGAAGGCUUUGAACCGGAUUUAGUCACUUGGAAUACCAUUAUGGAUGCUUAUUGCCGUAUGGGGCUGUGCAACAAGGCUUUGGAAAUCUUUGAACAAAUUAGGGAGCCUAAUAUCAUCUCAUUGACCACCUUAAUCUCAGGUUAUUCAAGAAUUGGGAACCAUGAGAUGCCCUUAGUGAUCUUCAGAGAGAUGAUGAGUAAACAGGAGGUUUGCCCCGACCCUGAUGCUCUUUCCAGUGUCCUUGUUUCAUGCCGACAUAUGGGGGUUCUGAGAAGUGGACAAGAAAUUCAUGCCUAUGGGAUCAAAACCAGUGCCAGGAUUGAGUUUUACAAUUCAUCAGGACCUGCACUGUUGACAGUGUAUGCUACGUCUGGGAGGCUUAGGGAUGCAAGAAAUGUAUUUCAAUUGAUGGAUAAAUCUGAUGUUGUUACCUGGAAUGCCAUGAUUCUUGGUCUUGUGCAUCUUGGAUUGGGUGACCUUGCAAUUAAAUAUGUCAGGGAGAUGCAAUCAAGAGGGCUUCAGUAUGAUGAGACCACUGUGUCAACAGUUCUGCCAGUCUGUGAUCUGAGAUUCGGGAAACAAAUCCAUGCCUACAUUAGAAGAAAUGCCUUGGAUUCUGCAAUUUCAGUGUGGAAUGCAUUGAUCAACAUGUACUCUAAAUGUGGGUGCAUUAGAUCUGCUUACACUGUAUUCUCGAAAAUGGAUUCCAGAGACGUGGUAUCCUGGAAUACAAUGAUUGGAGGAUACGGAAUGAAUGGGUGUGGGAAGGCUGCUCUUCAACUUUUGUUAGAGAUGAAGCAGUCAGGCUUUCAACCCAACUCUGCAACUUUCACUUCUCUGCUUUCUGCUUGCAGCCACUCCGGUCUUGUGGAUGAUGGGCUCCAACUUUUUGAUAGUUUGAUCAAUUGUUUUGACUUCAGUCCAAGAAUGGAGCAUUUUGCAUGUGUUGUUGAUUUACUGGCCCGUGCAGGGAAGCUUGAGGAAGCAGUUGAUUUCAUACACAAUAUGCCGAUUAAUCCUGAUAAAAGUAUUUGGGGGGCUUUGCUUUCAGCCUGUCAAGCCCAUCAAAACAUCAAUUUUGGAAGGCUAGCUGCAGAACAUCUAUUCCACUUAGAACCAGAAAACCCUGGAAAUUAUGUGACACUGUCAAAUAUAUAUGCCAAAGCUGGCAGAUGGGAUGAUGCGGUAAGAGUAAGAAAACUAAUGGAGGAAAAGAGAUUAAUGAAGCCAUCUGGGUAUAGUUGGAUUGAAACAAAGACUAACAAAUCUGGACUCAAGGGGAUAGCUCAAGAUAAUGUCUUACAGCUUUAAAUUGAAGUGUUUAUGUCAUAACAGAAAAUGAUAAAAUUGGUUCCAUUAUAAUGAAAUUAUAUUGUUGCACA